AUGGAAAUUAAGACUAUUAACGCAAUUGAUGACCCAUCGAUUUCUAUAGUUCCACUGGAUUCUACUGCCUGUGAAUACACAUCUGUGAAAAACUUGAAUGAGUCCAAAUAUGGAUUCUGGGGGAUUUUAGCGAGAAAAGCUAAAGCAAUUUUUGAGGAUGAUGAUACAACCAAGAAAUUUGAAAACCAUGGAAGACACCAAUUCCAAGCAGUUGACACGUCAACUGGCAGUCAGGAGGAUCUGACAAUUAUGGAAAAUAAGACUGCUGACAUCAACCAUGAAACACAUAAGCUGCAUAUCAGGAGAAAAGGAAGUGAUCAAAAUGCACAGAAUCAGGCCACAGAGAAAUCAGUUGCUAAUGCAAUGGCUGCAAAGGCCAAGCUUCUUCUGCAGGAACUAGAGACUAUCAAAGCAGAUCUGGCUUUCACAAAGGAACGAUGUGCUUAG